AUGGAAUUAAUUAAGAGUGAUCUGUGGUUCUCUGGACCAGAGUUUUUGAAACAAGACGAAAGUGAAUGGCCACAAUAUCCUGCUGACCUGGGUAUCUCUGAAAGGGACCCAGAAUUGAAGGCUGUAUCUACGGUUUCAGUUAGAAGGGAUUGCAGUGUUAGUUACUUAAUGAAUCACUUCUCCAGCUGGCCAAAACUAAUAAAGGUUGUAUCCUGGAUACUGAGAUGGAAACACAUUGUCAAGUCAAAGGGAAAAGGGGUCGCAGGACCAAUCUCAGUGGAGGAAUGGAAGGGUGCUGAAAUUUCUAUAGUGAAGUAUAUCCAGCAACAGUCAUAUGCAGCUGAAGAUCAGUCCCUGCGCAAUGGUCAACAAGUUAAUUCAAAUAGCCCAUUGGUAAAAUUUGACCCAAUUCUAGUAGAAGGUGUUAUGAGAGUUGGUGGCAGACUGAGAAAUUCACAAAUUAAUGAAGAUGCAAAACAUCAGAUAAUCUUACCAAAGGGUCAUCAUGUCACAACACUCAUUGUUCGCCACUAUCAUAUUUGUACUGGUCAUUCUGGUACAAAUCACACUCUUAGUGAAAUCAGACAAAGGUUUUGGCCCAUUGGUGGGCGUGCAACUGCCAAAGCAACUUCAAGGAACUGUGUUGAUUGCCGGAAAAGACAUGCUCGACCACCCAAUCAGAAGAUGGCCGAUUUGCCAAUAGAUAGAGUUACUCCCACCUUGCCUCCCUUCACUUGUGUAGGCAUUGAUUGCUUUGGACCCUUCUAUGUCAAAAAUGGAAGGUCCAUGUUGAAGAGAUAUGGUAUAAUAUUCACCUGCCUUACAACUCGAGCUGUGCAUCUCGAGGUAGCUUAUUCACUGGACACAAACUCAUUUUUGAAUGGGUUGCGGCGAUUCAUAGCUAGACGUGGUAAGCCACAGCUAAUUAGGUCCGAUAAUGGAGGAAAUUUUGUGAAAGGUGAAAGGGAACUGCGAUUGGCCAUAGAGAACUGGAAUCAAGAACAAAUUCACCAAUACUUGCUACAAAAUCAGGUUGAGUGGAAAUUCAACCCCCCAACAGCAUCACAUCAAGGUGGUGUAUGGGAACGUUGCAUCAGAACUGUGCGCAAGGUGUUGAGUACCUUGACAACUGAACAGACCGUCAAUGAUGAAGUCCUUCACACACUUUUCUGUGAAGUUGAAAUGAUAGUCAAUGGGAGACCUAUUACGAGGUUAUCAGAUGAUUCAAAGGAUUGUGAAACCCUCACACCAAACCACCUGCUCUUGCUGAGAGCAGGACCGAAACUUCCACCAGGAGUAUUUGUCAAGGAGGACUGUUACGUGAGAAAGCGUUGGCGCCAAGCACAAUAUCUUGCUGAUGUGUUUUGGCAUCGAUGGAUAAAAGAGUAUUUACCGGCUCUUCAGGAGAGACAAAAAUGGCGCAAAGCAAGAGAUAAUGUCAAGAUGGGCGAUGUUGUUUUGGUUCAUGAUCCAUCAGCUCCAAGAUGUUCAUGGCCUCUUGCUCAGGUUGUGGAAGUAUUUAGAACCACCUCAGAUAAUAUGGUUCGCUCAGUGAAGUUAAGAACAUCAACUGGGAUGCUAGUAAGACCAAUUACGAAGAUUGUGUGCCUUGAAAUUUCUGGAAAAGACUAG